UGAACAAUAUACGAGGUCGUAUGAUCGGGAUCGGCAUGUCGGUAAAAAUCUCAAAAACGAAAGAAGUCAAGAUGGCGUCAGGAUACGAGGGUCAUGUUUCAAAACGACAGAGACGAGAUAAUGAUGAGAAUCCAUUGAAUCCCUCCCCAUCCCAAGUGGUACAUGUCAGAGGGCUGGCAGAGAACAUAUUGGAACAGGAUCUCAAGGAUGCCGUGCAGCAGUUUGGAACAGUCAGCUAUAUAGUUUUGAUGCCAAGAAAACACCAAGCCUUGGUUGAAUUUGAAGUAAGUAUUAUUAUUUUAACAUAA